AACUAGAUUCAACAUCAAACUUUGGGGGUAAACCAUCUUAAAUUAUUGAAGAAGACAAGGAAUGAGAAACCUGCCCUCUCUCUCUCUCUCUCUCUCUCUCCAAACCCAGCAUAAACUGUCCCAUUGCUAAUUGGGGAACCAAGAUGGAGGAUUAAAACACAUCGAGCCAAUGCAAAUCAUCCAAACCCAUCUCCCGUAGCACUGAUUUUUGGGAGCUGAGCGUUUCGAAUCUUUUGUUCGUUUCUUUUUCUCUUCGUCAAAGAUUUUGUGUAGCCACGGGGGAACGAAGAUGCCGCGGCCAGGCCCGAGACCGUACGAGUGCGUGCGGAGAGCUUGGCACAGCGAUAGGCACCAACCCAUGAGAGGUUCCAUUAUUCAGCAAAUUUUCAGGGUUGUCAAUGAGAAUCAUACUCCUGCUACUAAGAAGAACAAGGAAUGGCAGGAGAAAUUGCCGAUUGUUGUUUUGAAAGCUGAAGAAAUCAUGUAUUCUAAAGCUAAUUCCGAGGCUGAGUAUAUGAAUCUUGAAACGCUUUGGGAUCGUUUAAAUGAUGCUGUUAACACCAUAAUUCGUAGAGAUGAAACCACUGAAAGUGGUGACCGUUUGCCUCCAUGUGUUGAAGCUGCACUUAACCUCGGUUGCGUCCCGGUACGAGCAUCUAGAAGCCAACGGCAUAGUAACCCAAGGACUUAUCUUACUCCAAGGGGACAAGAACCCACAUUGGAUAAAGCUACCGACGAAAGAUGCCUACCGACAUCGUCGUUACCCCCUGCCAACCAGUUGAACUUUGCAAGAGCCAAGACUAUGAACCCCAAACAACAUAACAACCCCACCAUUCCAAGUAACCCUGCCUUCUUGCUUGAGAAUGUCCCAGUUGUUCAUAACAGUUAUUCAAUGACUGAGACCAAUACCCCACUUAACUUGGGAUCUGUUUAUCCAUUGUAUUAUGGAUUUCGUUGUCCAACUGAAGAGCCCAACUUAGGCUCCCAGAUUUCUGCAGAUGCCAACCAACAGACUAUAUUUUUGGGUAGACCGAUCGUAUCAAGUACCGAGCCACCUGCUGAGCACUGCCUUCGUUCGUGCAAAACGGGCAAUGCUAUGAGCAGAUUUCCACCAGAAGUUAUCACAGCCAGAGAAGAAAAGCUACCAGACACAGAAUGUGAUUUAUCUUUGAGGUUGGGUUUACCUUCCCAGCCAUGUGUGAGCACUAGGAAAGCUUGGGCUCUUGAAACUGGGGACAUUGCUCCAAGCAGUUCCCACGAGACGCACAAAUUUCACGAUCAAACCACUUACGCGAAUAAAGAGUUCACUUUUUUCCCAAGCAGAACUGCAUUUGACUCCUUGGGUUCCUGUUCAAACAUGUGGAGUUCAGAUGGCGGGGGUCGGAAUCCAGAAUCUUCCACAAAAAAACGCAAAGAUCCCUUUAGUAGCAAUGAGGAGGACGAACCAUUUUGUUUGCCACCUGAGGUUCCAUCUUACUGGUUUAACAGUCAAACUAAAGGGUCAGGUUUGUAGACAGUUUUUUCCAUGUCGUGGCAUAUAAGAUCGGAAAUUUUAACGUUUCCCAUGAUGUCGUAUUGUCACCAAUGAGAACUAUUCCUUUUGUAGCUUUAGUUGAAAUUUUAUAAUAUUUGAGUCUCAACUACCCAA